UUGAUUUCUUCCUAGUGCAUCAUGGCAUUACAGUACACAAUAAUUCCCUGAUAAGUCAAUUGCCUGGGGAUAUGUAUAACAAGAGACUGAAACCAGAUAGUUUUACCUAUGGAUCCUUGAUUACUGACCUUUGUAGGUAAGUAAAGAUAUCAGUUGCACUCAAGCUGAGAGAUGAGAUGCUAGAAAAUGGGCUUACUUCAGAAAAGUAGAUAUUUGGAUUUGUCUCAUUACUGAGGUUCAUGAUAAUGAAAGGGUGUAAAUGUAAUGUGUAGCUCUGGAGAUCCUAGAUCAAGUGCAAUCAAAAGGAUGGAUGAAGAUUUUGUCAAAGGCUCAGCAGAAGUUUAAGAGCCUUUCAUAUCCACAUUUGGUCAAAAAAGAAACACAUAUUUCUAAUUGACAAAUUUUGGAGUAUGUGAAACCUGCACAUCAUAUAAAUAUAUCUGGUUUCAUAUUCAGUGAGGACUGUUGCCUUAAAGAUUCAAGUCCUGAAUCAGCAUAUGACUAAGGACUGUUGGCUUGGAGAUAAGAGGGCAAAGCACUUGUGCAUUGAAAUAAGGUUAUUCUAAGGUUGAAGGACUUGCUACACAUGGACUGGGUGAGCUGGAACAAUCACCCCUGUGCCACAUGGGUCUCCAAAACAGGGAUCAAUUCUCCAGCUUCCUUACUAAGAUAACAAAUAAUCGAUAGUCAGCGUUGUCAAGUGUGUUUUGCUAGCCUCAGAAUCAUUCUCCAGUCCUUGUCUGCCUUGGAUUUUCAUCCAGACGAGAAUUCAGUUAGUCCCUGGUGAUAGGUAGAUUGUUGGGUCCUUGAAUAGAGAGAGAAAAGAAUGGGGGUUGAUUACUACAAUAUAUUGAAAGUGAACAAGAAUGCCACAGAUGAUGAUCUAAAGAAGUCGUAUAAGAGAUUGGCAAUGAAAUGGCAUCCUGACAAGAAUCCCACCAACAAGAAAGAGGCUGAAGCCAAAUUCAAGCAGAUCUCUGAGGCCUAUGAGGCAUGUUAUGUGAUAUGAAUUCAGGUGCUGUGUGACCCACAAAAGAGAGCAAUUUAUGAUCAAUAUGGUGAAGAAGGAUUGAAAGACAUGCCACCCCCUUGCAGUGGCGGCUUCCCAUUUGGAAAUGGCAAUGGCGGUGGUGGUUCGAGUGGUUUCAAUCCUAGAAAUGCAGAGGAUAUAUUUGCAGAAUUCUUUGGUAGCAGUCCUUUUGGAUUUGGAUCAUCAGGACCUGGAAGGUCCACGAGGUUCCAUUCAGAUGGAGGGAUGUUUGGGGGAUUUGGUGGGAAUGAGAAUCUUUUUCGGACAUACAGUGAGGGGACUGCGCCAAGGAAACCACCACCAGUAGAAAGUAAAUUGCCGUGCAGUCUUGAGGAACUAUACUCUGGAUCAACAAGGAAAAUGAAGAUUUCUAGAGCUGUAGUCGAUGGCCAUGGGCAGCAAGUGCAAGAAACAGAGAUUCUAACCAUUGAUGUGAAGCCAGGGUGGAAGAAGGGAACAAAGAUUACUUUCCCAGAUAAAGGGAAUGAGCAGCUGAAUCAGCUUCCAGCAGACCUCGUGUUCAUCAUUGAUGAGAAACCCCACAAUACCUACAAGAGAGAUGGCAACGACCUCAUCAUAAACCAAAGGGUGGCAUUAGCAGAAGCAAUAGGAGGGACUACAGUAAAUCUCACUACACUUGAUGGUCGUAGCCUGUCUAUUCCAGUACAGGAUAUAGUUAGCCCUGGUUAUGAGCUCGUCAUUACCAGUGAAGGUAUGCCAAUCGCUAAGGAGCCAGGCAAUAGGGGCGAUUUAAGGAUAAAAUUUGAAGUGAAGUUCCCAACAAGAUUGACACCAGAGCAACGAGCAGGACUCAAGAGAGCCUUGGGGGGUUGAAGAUUGACGGAACCAUUAUAUGUAUUAGCCACUAGUAUGUGAUAGACUUGGAGGCCAAAUCUGUCUUUUGACCUCACCAAUCUUAUAGAUACAAGUCUUUUAAUCUGGGAGGAGAUGGCAUAUUAAAAAUGGGGCAUGGCUAAUUGUCUUCCUUACAUUUGUAUGCACCAUUUUAGUUCAACAAUAGCAAAUACAAUACUAGACUACAAUUAUAUUAUGAUUUUUGUGAGGCAUUUUUGGCCAGUUUGUGUAAUUAAUUUGAUGUUGAUAAAUUAUAUAUUAAUUCAUUUUAAUUUGAACUUAUAUAAAAGAUUUAUUUUACACAUUAAAAUUGAUUAGCUAAUUUAAUAUUAUAACUCAGCCAUUUAUAUUUAUCUUUUCUUUUUUAUAUUUUCCUAAUGUGAGAUAUUCUCCGCAUAUAUAGUAUCACCUCAAAAUACCCGAAUACCAAACGUAUAAUUCAAUCAAUCAAACAAUAAGUCGAAAAGUGUCCUAAUACGUGUUAAUGUUUAAUGUAUCAUGUUGAUAUUCCUUAUUUCUCGGCUGUGAAGACUGCCAAAUACUGCACCAUUAGCAAUGUUGAACAAUAACUCCAAGACAAUUCUUUAUGAAAGAGUCUUUACCCUUUGUAUUUACUUCCCAUUCACUUCGACAGCCCUUUUCAUACACAAUUUUGCAAACUAAAAACCAAGACAACAGAACUAACUUAAAUACGCCGAUAAAAAAAUUACAAAAAAAACAAA